AUGACCCUCUUAAGAGACCCUCCCAGUGUUGACAUCCAAGAUGAUGAAUCAGUGGCCUGCUACGGGAUCAGAUGUGAUCCUCCAAACAUGAUCUUCCGCCGACCUGUGAAGAUCAGGAUACCACACUCUACCAUUGCCAUCAACCCUGACCAAGUGAAGCCAGACAUCGUUUGCCAUGUAUGGGAUGGAGUAAAUGAUCUACCAAGAACAUCAAGAAUGAGUUCAUCCAUAUCACCAUACAAACCACCACACUGCAGACUGUACGAGAGAUACCUGGAGCUGUACAUUGGUCACUGUGCUGAUUGGUGGGUCCUUAUUCCUCUUGAACAGAAGGUGACCCGACACCAACUUAUGUGCUCUCCGUACAUUCCAGAAACCGUAGAAAGAGGCAAAGAGAUUGAAGUUCAUCUUCACGUGCAUGCCGAUAUUCCUGGCAUGGAUGCGGAAGUUUCACAUGAGGAGAAGCAACAGUCGUACCGCAAGGCUCAUCCUUCGGUCCCAUUCAGCGUCAUACAUACAUCAGGCGACGUCAAGGUGGUACGUGAUUCUUAUGAGAGGAAGAUGGCAGAAACUAAGCUGCUCUCCCUAAAGGAAAUUCACAACCGAAUGAGACAUAAUGUAGUCUUCAACGUGCCACCGAGUGAGGACGUAACUCCAUAUGAUGUGGUAACCUUCACACUUACACAAUCUGGGAACCAAGAGAAGUCUCGAUCAAUGAUGGCAUUCGUCAUUAGAUACGAAGAUCAAAUCAAGAGUCCUGAAUUCACUUCAGUAAUCCGUGAAAUCGAAGGAGCCUCUGGAAAUGAUCUCCCUGAUAAAGAUGUCCAGAAAAUCGCUGAAAAGCUUUCGAUAGACGACUUUUAUGACCUUGGAGUUGCACUUGGCUUCCAAAUACAACAACUGGAUGCAAUAGAGUAUAAGAGGCUCAAAGACAGACAAGAGGCCAUCUUCGAUAUUUUGGUAUCAUGGAAACAGAGACAACCACCCCAUCAAAACGUGAAGGAAGUGCUUCUGUCACUCCUGAAGUCAGCAGAAACAGAGGCAGAAAAGACGAACAUGACAGAUAUUACUCCAACCGGUGAAAUUUCUGACCAAGCUUUGCUUAAUUUGGCUCGACUUAUUAAGUGGACGGACUUCAUGGACAUUGGCACAAAGCUUGGAUUCAGUCGGAAUAAGCUUGAGAAUAUCAAACACAAGACACUGCACAAUCGCAAAGAUGCUAACAUCCAAAUGCUCUGCAUGUGGAAAGCAUUUCAAAAAUUCGUUCCUAAAGCGAAUGAGACGUUGAAGUGCAUUUGGAAAUCUGUCUCCUUGGCAUCUACGGUUGAUACUACAGACGAAAGCUUGCGUAUGAUCUCUUCGGCGACUCCUGAGGAAAGAGCCAAACCUAGCGAGCCUAUAGAGCCUGAAGACAUGGAUAUCAUUACAUCAGUUACAGGUAGAUAA